AGCCACCUCGCCCGGCCUACAAUCUGUUCAAUAAAGUAUUUAUAUAAUACAUAUGCAAGCUGAGACUGGGGCAAAGUUGAGAUCUGUGUUCCCUAACCUCAAGGAAUACAAAUGAAUAAUUAGAAUACAAUAAAAGUACACUAGUAGGUAACAAAAUGUGAGAGCCAAGGAUAUGCAUAGGAAACAAACAUAUCUGUAAACUUUAAGGAAGACUGGUAAAUGCUUUAAUAAAAUGAUACAAUUCUAUGGCAAAUAUAAGAAAAAGAUGCUCAGAUAUUAAGUGGUAAGGAUCAUCAAUCAAAAAAUUAUUAAUUUAGAGAACUUAGGAUCACAGACUCUAAGUACUGCGCUAGAUGCUAUGUACAGAGAAAUAAAAGUAAGAUGAUCAUAAUUUUAAAAUCUCAAAAUAGGUAUAUAAGGCAAAUAAGAGUAUACCUAAGAGGUCAAAUACAGAAUAUUUGAUAUCAGGUCCUUUCUGUAAUAUAGAGACAUCAUUACAAUUUAGAUGUAAAUUACAGUUCCUACCAUUUAUGAGCCUGUUUCAGUAUUAAAUGUUAAAAGUGAUACAUGAAUACAGAUAUCACAAUGUAAACCAUGAUUAAUUUUCAAAUGAGUUGUAGAAUUAAAAAAUGUAAAGUGUUGAAGGCAAAAUCACUUUGAUGUAGUAGACCAGAAAGACUUCAUAGACAGGGUCUUGACUUGUGAAGGAUAGAUAGCUACCAUUUUUAUUGAGAAUUUACCAAGUUCUUUACAUUUAAUUUCAUACUUGUUCUUUUUAACCCUGAAAGGCAGAUUUUUGUCUUAUAUCUCCAUUUUAUAGGUGAGGAAACUGACAUAAGGAGAAGUUAAGUUACUUGCCCUGAGUCACACACCUAGAAAGUGGCAGAAUUAGGAUUCAAAUCUGGUUCUGGCAGGUUCCAAUGCCCAUGUUUCUAACCAUAAAUGUUAUAAAAGGCACAGAGAUGAAAUGCCAGGCAUGCUCAGUGGCUUAAAUACGACCUCACAGUAAACUCAGAUUAGACCAGAGACGACACAUAAAAGUUGGUAGUCUUCAUUUGUGUUGCCAUCAGCCUGCCCUAUAAAUAAACCCAGAGUAACUAAAAGUUCCCAUCCUGAAGGGUUCAGCAGGAAAUAAUCUCAUAAUGUAUUUAGGGUGAAGGAUGGUUGGCAGUAGAAGGCAGGCGAGCAGAGAGUUGGGCAAUCAAAUGAGAACAGAAUUUCAAAAGAAAAGAUUAGAAGGCAGAGAUGCUGUAUGUCCUAAUAGAGGCAGAGAGGGCUCGGAUCAAGCAACUGCAGAAAGAGGAUGAACUGAUAAAACGGAAGAUGAGAAUUAUCUCAGAAGGCAGAGAAGACUCAAGGACUGAGAGAUCUGACAUAAAUGUACUCGGGCAACACCUCACCAAAGAGCCUGUCUCUUCCUACUCACAACCCUGGAUACAAGAUUCAGAAUGGUUCAUGCUGAGUCCACAGGAGAAAUUGGCCUGGGCUAAAUCAUCUAAAGAUCCUCGGAUUGCUGCAGGUCAGCAGUCCCCACUGGAGAAAAAGAUCUUGAAUCUAGGUGGCGUGCAUACAACAGCAGCAAGACAGUUGAUAACUCAGAGAUAUCAAGAGGAGUAUGAAACACUCUGUAGGGAGCAAGCCCUUUCUCUUGACUACUGGCUUGCCAAAGCAGAGUCUUAUUAUAAUAAAAGAAUAGUGGAAAUGAUGAAAGAAAAAGAGACAGCUAAUGAAAUCAAGAAGAAAAUGGAGGGGAAAACAACCCAAAGCAUAGAAGGACUAAAACGGUGCUAUUUGGUACAUGAGAGAGAGAAGAAACAUAUAGAGAGGCAUAUACAUAGAACAGGACAGGCCAGAGAAUUUACGAACAAAACAUUUAAACAAGUACUACAACCUCUCAGUGAAACAACAUUACCAAAAAUUAUGUCAGAAGAGCACAGUAUCGACAAUGCACAGAGAAGAAAACAGGCAAAUGAGAGGGAACAGAUGCAAAUUAAAGAUCAUCAGGAACGCAUGAUUCGAGGGAGAGAACUUACAGAGCAAAGACUCAAAGAAAGAAUCUUGAGAAAAAGCCAGAGUCAGCUACCUACACAUGAGAAGCAUGAAAGAGUAAAAAAAGAGAUAAAAGAGUUUGAAAGAAUUAUUGCAUAUCCACUUUUCCAACCACUCAGUAGAAGUCAGAUUAAAGUGAAUAUUCUUAUGGAAAAGUCUCAGAAUGGAGAAGAAGCAAAUGCAAUUAUAAAACCUUACCAGAGAAGAUUCUUGGCUGUGCCACCCUUUUUGAGAAGUCAAAUAGGAAAAAUAAAAGAUUAGCAAAGUUUCA